AUGCGGAAGAUCAUCGUGCCCAUUGACCUGCCCAGCACGCCCAGCUGCGAGGUGUCCACGCCCAUUCGCAGUGGACUGCGUCAGCGAAAGCGGCCCGUCUCGCCGCCGGUGAAGGGGCCGCGCAUGGAGGAGAUCUGGCUCAAUGAGGAGGAGCUGGAGCUGUGGGAGAUUCGCCAGUUUGCAGAGAGGGCCAUCAUGGAGGAGCGCAAGCGGCAGGCUGAGCUGCGGCAGAAGGCGGCGGCAGAGCUGAGGAAGAGCAAUGCUUCAACGCCCAUUUCAGCCAACAGAGCACAGCUGGUCAACGGAGCGAGAAACAGCACCACCACCCCCACCACCACCCCCACCACCAACAGCCCUCUGAACAUCAACACGAAGCAGGCCAUCAGCUCUCGCCUGUCGAGCAUCUUCCAGAACCGAGCCGCCAACCGGGUGCUUGCCUCUGCUUCGCCCGUCGUCAACAGCGGUACCAUCACGCCCACCACCGCCACUACCACCUAUGCGACCAUCCGAACGGCCAAUGGCACCUUUAGAGUGCCCGUGCACAACAAACCGGGCGCCCCGCCCAAUCAGCUCUUUCUCCGCACUGGAGGGCAGAUCAUUACAUCGUCUAGCACUGCAGCUGCACAGCAGGGCUCCACUUCUGUCAUCCAGGGCGGCAAUGUCAUUGUCACCUCGAACGCAGUGAGUGGCAGUGGAGGCAUCACGCCCACUCGUCCGGGGACGUACAUUGUUCGCGUGCCUGCGAACGCCGGUGCUGGUGGUGGUCUUGGCACUGCAAAACCCCUCAUCAUCUCCAACGUUGGUUCGUGGUCUAAUGGGGCACUGCCCGACAUUGUUCGCGGCGGUAAUCCGAACAUCAAACAGGCGGUGCCCUUGAUUGAGCCCAAGGGGCCGCAGAAGAUCUCCACCGGCACUACGGUGAACGCCAUUCAGGCGACCAGCAGCAGCAGCAGCUCGGCUGCAAAGAGCACAACACCAGCACAGUCGACUGCUGCUGUGACCACCACCACGGGCGCCAUCAACAUUGUGACGCCCUUAUCGACCACGCCCACCAUUGGCAAGGGCAUCCAGUGCGUGCAGCUGAAGACGAGCGACGGGCGGACGCACCUGCUGCCGAUCAGCUCGCUGCCCACCGCCCCCGGGCAGACCUUUCAGAUUGCCCUCAACUCGGGCGGCUCAGGAACGCCGCUGCGGCUGAUUACCACCUCCACCGCCGUCAACAACAAACCGGUGGACAAUGGCAAGGGACAGACCACCUAUAUGAUCUCUGCGGGUUCAUCGGCGUUUGUGCCGGGUGCGAACGGCGGACAGAAGGUAAUCCUGCAGCAGCAGCAGUCAGCUAACAGUAUUACUUCGACGAACUCCACCACUGUAACUCCCGCUACCGAUUCUUCGUUCAAGGUCAUGGUUGAACCUACUACUGCUGGUAGUUCAGCCAAGACCAACCUGGUCACAGCCCCAGCUACUACAGCCACCACCACAGCUUUGAUAACUUCGUCCUCCUCCAAACCAGCAGCACCAGCACCGGCCGAGCCACCGAAAGUUUUUGAACUGACGGCCACGUACUGCAUCUGCCAGCAGGCGUACGACUCGAACAAGUUCUACAUCUGCUGCGACUGCUGCCAGG